AUGGUCUUGGGGUCAUACAUUAGCUUCCCUCUAGCAAAAGACCUCUACCCGGUGCGUCGUGCUGCAGCAGAAACCUCGCUCAGCAUUCAGGAACUUUAUAAAUUAGCCAAGGAGAUGGAGAUCUCCAUAAGCGGACCUACCUCCAAACACAGCAACAGUGUCUACGUGCAUCGUUGUUGUUUCAAGGAGUAUGAUUUCCUGUUGCGAUUGAAGAAGGUUUAA